AUGUCCGACGAUGAAUGGGAGUAUGACGACGAGGACAUCUUUUGGAUUGAGGAGCCAGAUCCGACCCUCGCUGAUGACCUAGCCGAAGCCACUACAUACGAUGCGCUGUACUUCGACGACCCUUCCCUCGACGUAGAGGAUAUCUACAGCGACUGGGACGAAAUGUCCGACGAUUACUACGAUGAUGACCCCACGGAGGAACGGAGACGACGAGUCCUGAAUGCCAUCAAGAGCAACGAGAACGGCGCUGCACAAACACAGAAAUCUCUAGUACGCCAACCAUCACGCCAAGUCGUCGCCGGAGACCUUCCGCGCGUGAAAACGGACCAUACCUCCUUCCAAGCUGUGGUGUGGCGAACCUUAGGCGAUGAGAAGGAUUCCGUUGACUUCUACGAGCCAGGCGAUGGCGAGAAAGUGGCCUUGCUGAAGAACUGGCGCGAAGUGUUCCGGAACUCGCAUCCUGUGAUUGAUCGGCUGCGGUUGCGGAAGAUGGGUCAUCUCGCGUCGGACACGGACCGCAGCCGGCCACGCAUCAUCGACGAUCUCCUGCAGAGGGAAGCCCAGAAAGAGGACAGCUCCGACUCCACGUCCGGUAUCACGUCGCUGGAUGCCCUCCGCGAGACGGAUGCUGGUUCCGACAAUACACUGAGUUCGACUCCUCUGGACGCUGAGUCGCCGGCUCCGCCGCAUAUCGCCAAGGUGAUUGAUUCAGCCUCCACGGUGCUUGAAAUAGCCCACGACAGGCUAAAAUUGGAUGAUCUGGAAAUGGGUGAUUCGGCGAAUGAGGUCGACCAGCCUCUCUCUCCCGCCAAGGGGAACAGAAAACGCAAGGCAUCUGAGUCUGUCGGAGAAGGACCGGACAAGGCCGUGGAUCAUUCGAAGCGAUUGAAGCCCCAGAACCAUGUCGUAGACAAACCCGGCAGAGGGGCAUUACCUGCUCAAACACGAAGUUCAACCAGACAGAAGGCAAACCAGAAGUGA